AUGUGUGGGAACAGCACCCCCAGACACCACGUCCUCCACACAUCCCAUGCGGAUGCUGAAAGUUGGCAAAAGCAUCGAACCGGACUGGUUGGGGCUUCUGGCCCUUGUUCUGGCUCCCCUUCGCUCCUUGAGCCCCACAGUCUGUCCAGCAGCCACGACACACUCUACCUCUCGCACGUGCCGGGUCAUAGCCCGCCUGCGCACCAAAACAGAACCGGCCUCACACUGGAUGUGACCUCAUCGUUUGAUAUUGGUGGUAGCAUGCUAGUCAUUGAUGGGGAUUUACCCAUCAGCCCCAAUGUGAUCAAUAGACGUCGUGGGGGCCUGAUCGAGCAGAAGGACAUAGUGAAAGCCCACCAGGCGCAUAAGAUCCACAGCACACCACAAGCGCGUCGCAAAGAGUGGGAAAUGGCCCGCUUCGGAGACGACGUUCCGGUGUUGUUGAGCACCGGCGACGGGGGCUCGGAGCGCAACAGGAGCCGCGACGGAGCGGCCGCGUCCACAGGUGGCGUGUCCCCCGCAGCCUUCAAGCAGACCAAAGCGCAGCGUGCCCGCACUAUGGCCUUGUAUAAUCCCAUCCCCGUCCGGGAGAACUGCUUCACCGUCAACAGGUCUCUCUUCAUUCUCGGGGAGGACAACGUGGUUCGCAAGUACGCCAAGAAAAUCACUGAAUGGCCUCCGUUCGAGUACAUGAUCCUGGCUACUAUCAUCGCCAACUGUAUCGUCCUAGCUCUGGAGCAACACCUACCUGAAGAAGACAAAACUCCCAUGUCGAAGAGGCUGGAGAAGACCGAGCCCUACUUUAUCGGGAUGUUCUGUUUGGAGGCGGGGAUAAAAAUCAUCGCCUUGGGCUUCGUAUUUCAUAAAGGCUCCUACCUCAGGAAUGGGUGGAACGUCAUGGAUUUCAUUGUGGUGCUCAGUGGGAUUCUGGCUGCAGCAGGCGCUCAUAUGAACAAGUCAGUGGACCUUCGGACCCUGAGGGCUGUGCGAGUGCUGCGACCACUCAAAUUGGUUUCAGGCAUCCCCAGUCUGCAGAUAGUCCUGAAGUCUAUAAUGAAGGCCAUGGUUCCUCUGCUCCAGAUUGGCCUUCUUCUCUUUUUCGCAAUCCUCAUGUUUGCGAUCAUAGGCUUGGAGUUUUACAGCGGCAAACUGCACCACAGUUGCACGCCGCAGCCUGGAAUACUCGAAAACGAGACAUUGGACUCCACUGAGUUUGAGUUUCCAUGCGGUGUGCGUCAGUGUCCAGCGAAAUACAUCUGCAGCGACACGUGGAUCGGCCCCAACGACGGAAUUACGCAGUUUGACAACAUUUUGUUUGCUGUUCUCACCGUCUUUCAGUGCAUUACAAUGGAGGGAUGGACCACUGUUCUCUACAAUGCUGAUGAUGCUUUGGGUCCUAGUUGGAACUGGCUCUACUUCAUACCGCUUAUAAUCAUCGGCUCCUUUUUUGUCCUGAACUUGGUGCUUGGAGUCCUCUCAGGCGAGUUUGCCAAAGAGAGGGAGAGAGUGGAGAACCGCAGGGCCUUCAUGAAAUUGAGACGCCAGCAGCAGAUUGAGCGAGAGCUCAACGGUUACCGAGCCUGGAUCGACAGAGCAGAGGAGGUCAUGCUUGCUGAGGAAAAUAAGAAUCCCGGACCUUCCGCUCUUGAUGCUCUCAGGAGGCUCCCUGAGUGGAGCACAGGCGGCGCCUAUGUGUUAAAGCGAGCCACGACGAUAAAGAAGAGAGGCAUGGACUCGCCACAUCGCGGCCCAGGGGAGGAGCAAUAUGGCGACAUUUCAUCUGUGGGCAUUCCCGGGGCCAGAGAGAGCUUUCGAAGCGUCAGACGAGGUCCCGCUUCAUAUUUCCGCCGCAAGGAACGCCUCCUGCGCAUCUCUAUUCGCCGCGUGGUGAAGACGCACACCUUCUACUGGACAGUGCUGGGCCUGGUGGCUCUCAACACGCUGUGUGUGGCCAUUGUUCACCACAACCAGCCGCUCUGGUUGUCCAACUUUCUGUACUAUGCAGAGUUCUUGUUUCUCGCUCUUUUCCUGACUGAGAUGUUCCUGAAGAUGUACAGCUUGGGCCCUCGCCUCUACUUCCAUUCCUCUUUCAACUGCUUCGACUUCAGCGUGAUUGUUGGCAGCAUUUUUGAAGUGCUCUGGGGGGUGUUCAGGCCAGGAACUUCCUUUGGCAUCAGCGUCCUGCGUGCUCUUCGUUUGCUACGAAUCUUCAAAAUCACAAAGUACUGGGCGUCUCUGAGGAACCUGGUCGUGUCACUGAUGAAUUCCAUGAAGUCCAUCAUUUCCCUCAUCUUCCUCCUUUUUCUCUUCAUUGUCGUCUUUGCUCUUCUGGGCAUGCAACUUUUCGGUGGCAGGUUCAUCUUUGAGGACUACACCCCCACAAACUUUGAUACCUUCCCUGCAGCCAUCAUGACUGUCUUUCAGAUCCUGACUGGCGAAGACUGGAAUGAGGUGAUGUAUGAUGGUAUUCGCUCUCAGAAGGGAGUCAAAUCUGGCAUGUGGUCCUCAAUAUAUUUCAUCGUCCUCACCUUGUUUGGGAACUAUACUCUGCUGAAUGUCUUCUUGGCCAUUGCUGUGGAUAACCUUGCCAAUGCACAAGAGCUCACAAAGGAUGAGGAGGAAGCCGAAGCCGCUUUCAACCAGAAGCAUGCGCUCCAGAAAGCCAAGGAGGUCGGCCCACUCUCCUCCUUCAUGUCUUCAGAAGGAAGCCGGAGGAGGCGGCCAUACUUGUACAGAAAACGAGCCAUUCACCGCAGUCGACCUACCUACUCCUGCUCCCUGGAGGAGGCGCAGGGCAGCCUUAGGGAAGGCCGCCCUCUCCCGCCACUCAACCCGUCUAACUCUUUCAUGUCCAGGCGAGAGAGGAGAAAGAGGAUGACCAUGUCUGUGUGGGAGCAGAGGACCAGCCAGCUGAGGAGACACCGUCAAAUGUCCAGCCGGGAGAUUUUGUUUGGCGGCGGCAGCGAGGAGAAGGACGGCGCGGCCGCUUCGGUCCAAUCCCAACACGGGCGCCCACAGUCCUUGCACCGCAAGGCUAUGCAGAGCACCCCGCCAGGGGGUUUGAGGUGCCUGUCGGACCCCCUCGGAGACACCAUUGUGUCACCAACCAAGAACCAGACUUCCACAGAGAUGUCUUUUGAAGCCGUUCUGUCUGGUGUUAUCCCCGAACCUCCCAUGUCAGCACCGCCUACAGAGAUAUCUGACCCACUUAGUAUAACGCCCGAAGACCUCCCUGAUCCCAUUCUGGAUGAGCGGAGGAGCCCCAGAUUGACUGGUGAUCGUCAACAUAGGGCCGUGAAAAAGUUCAGACCACCCGACAAUGGUGAAGCAGGCAAGAUCAGGGGCAGAAAGGCAUUGCGUAGUCGUCAGAAUGGCACCACGAGUCAAGGAUCAUCCCCUCGGAAAGAAAACCACUCGGCGAGUCGCUCGGUCAGCAGGGAGAGGAACGGUGAGAGGACCAAGAUUCCAGGAGUGAAAGUGGAACAGAAAGAGGUACAGAGUGAGAAGACAGAGGAGUCCAAUCCUGAGGAAACUGGGUGAGGACCGUUGGACACUGAGCAACCAGACAACCAUGUCCAAAAGCGGACACAGUCCCCUCAGAAUAGCGAGGCAUGCCCUCUUGCUGUGGCAGAAAGCAACCAAGAAGACUUAGAUAAAUCUCAACUGAGUUCCAGCGCUAUCGUCGAAAUGCCAGAUAUGGAGGCAUCGAUGGAGUUAUCUACCAUCACUGUCAACAGCAAGGACCCUGAAGCCACAAAGUCUGAGAAGGAGGAGAGUGAAGACCUUAAAGCAGUCAAAGCUGCGUCACCUGACAGCAUGUUCAUUUUCAAACCGGACAACCCGUUGCGCCGAGCCUGCCAUUACAUAGUGAACCUUAGGUACUUUGAAAUGUCUAUCCUGUUGGUCAUUGCCGCAAGUAGCAUCGCUUUGGCAGCAGAGGACCCCGUCGCCACCACAUCCGACUGGAACAAGGUCCUGCGCUACUUUGAUUACGUGUUCACUGGUGUCUUCACCUUCGAAAUGAUUAUUAAGAUGAUCGACCAAGGUCUAAUCCUUCACGACGGCUCGUACUUCCGAGACCUGUGGAACAUUCUGGACUUCAUCGUGGUGGUGGGAGCGCUAGUGGCCUUCGCCCUCACCAAUGUGAUGGGAAAUAACAAAGGAAGAGACAUUAAAACCAUCAAAUCACUGAGAGUGUUACGUGUGCUCAGACCCUUGAAGACCAUCAAGAGGCUUCCUAAACUCAAGGCUGUAUUCGACUGCGUGGUGACAUCCCUGAAAAAUGUCUUCAACAUCUUGAUUGUGUACAAGCUCUUCAUGUUCAUCUUCGCCGUCAUCGCCGUGCAGCUCUUCAAGGGGAAGUUCUUCUACUGCAACGACAGCUCCAAGGACACGGAGAAGGACUGCAAAGGCUACUAUAUAAACUAUGGCAAGGAAAAAAAAGAAGUGAAGAAAAGAGAAUGGAAGAGACACGAUUUCCAUUACGACAACAUCAUCUGGGCACUGCUGACACUUUUUACAGUUUCCACCGGCGAGGGCUGGCCACAGGUCCUGCAGCACUCGGUGGACGUGACCGAGGAGGAUAGAGGUCCACGCCAUGGCAACAGGAUGGAGAUGUCCAUCUUUUACGUCAUUUACUUUGUAGUCUUUCCAUUUUUCUUCGUCAACAUCUUCGUGGCCCUCAUAAUUAUCACCUUCCAGGAGCAGGGAGACAAGAUGAUGGAAGAGUGCAGCCUGGAGAAGAACGAGAGGGCGUGCAUUGACUUUGCAAUCAGUGCCAAGCCGCUGACCCGUUACAUGCCACAGAACCGCCACACCUUCCAGUACCGUGUGUGGCAUUUUGUGGUCUCUCCCUCUUUUGAAUACACCGUCCUGGCCAUGAUUGCGCUCAACACAAUCGUACUGAUGAUGAAGUAUUAUUCGGCCCCGCCGGCCUAUGAAGCCGCCCUCAAGCAUCUGAACACAGCUUUCACCGUUCUCUUCUCCAUUGAGUGCGUCCUCAAGAUAAUGGCAUUCGGCUUUUUGAAUUAUUUUCGAGACACGUGGAAUAUUUUUGACUUCAUCACCGUACUUGGGAGCAUCACCGAGAUAGUAGUCGACUUGCAGUUCGUGAAUACGUUCAACAUGAGUUUCUUGAAGCUAUUCAGAGCUGCUCGUCUGAUCAAGCUGCUGCGACAGGGCUACACCAUCCGGAUACUAUUGUGGACGUUUGUUCAGUCCUUUAAAGCUUUGCCUUACGUCUGUCUGCUCAUAGCCAUGCUCUUCUUCAUCUACGCCAUCAUUGGCAUGCAGGUUUUUGGCAACAUUAAAAUUAGCGAGGAGACAGAGAUUAACCAGCACAACAACUUCAAGACCUUCUCUGGUGCUCUAAUGCUGCUCUUCAGGAGUGCCACGGGGGAGUCAUGGCAGGAGAUCAUGUUGUCAUGUCUGGGGGGGCAGCAAUGUGAGGUGGACCCUUCCAAUCCAUCACUUGCACUCAACACCAAACAGGAGGGAGGCUGCGGCUCAGAUUUUGCAUACUUCUACUUUGUGUCCUUUAUCUUCUUUAGCUCCUUCCUGAUGCUGAAUUUGUUUGUGGCUGUGAUCAUGGACAAUUUUGAGUAUCUCACUCGUGACUCCUCUAUCCUGGGCCCACAUCACUUGGAUGAGUUUGUCCGAAUCUGGGGAGAGUAUGAUCGCGCUGCCUGUGGUCGUAUCCAUUACACUGACAUGUAUGAGAUGUUGACCAACAUGUCGCCGCCCCUUGGCCUUGGCAAGAAAUGCCCGUCUAAGGUGGCUUAUAAGAGACUCAUCCUAAUGAACAUGCCAGUGGAUGAGGACAUGUCGGUCCACUUCACCUCCACACUAAUGGCCCUUAUCCGAACCGCGUUGGAAGUCAAAAUAGCUGGAGGAGGAGAGGAUCGAAAUCAGAUGGACUUGGACCUUCAGAAGGAAAUCAGUAUCAUCUGGCCCCACCUCUCUCAAAAGAUGCUGGACCUUCUGGUUCCUAUUAAUAAAGCUAGUGACAUGACAAUUGGAAAGAUUUAUGCUGCCAUGCUGAUAAUGGACUACUACAAGCAGAGCAAGGCAAAGAAACUACGACAGCAGCUGGAGGAACAAAAACACGCUCCAAUGUUCCAGCGCAUGGAUGCUUCCUCUUUGCCCCAGGAGAUCAUAUGCAAUGCCAAAUCACUGUCUUUCCUCAGUGCAGGAUCAGCUCUGACCAAAGGGGGCUUUGUGGCUCUCAGCCCCAUCUCCCCCCAAGACAUGUUCCUGCAGCCGCAGCCUCGCCCCGGGGAGGAAGAGGAGAAUGAUGAUUACUAUCAACCCUACCACCCUUAUCACUUUGCUCAUCACCACCACCACCAUUUAGACACACUGGUGCCAAAUGUCGUAGAAUAUAACCAAGUGACACAACAGUCAAGGCCGGAGCCAACAGCCGUCAAAUCACCUCAGCGCACAUCAUCCAUUAGAGCGUCGUCCAUGCCCAGACUGGCUGUGGAGCCGCAGCCUGGAAUGUCAACGGACAGAAAGCUGAUGACGCGCUCCUUUUCCACCUUUGGAGACCAGUGUGUAAACCGGCUGUGGCAAGAACAACAUUCUCUGGAGAGAGUCAGCCCCGACAGCACGUUUAGACUUCGACAGAAAAGCUAUAGAGGCACUAGAGUGAAUGAAAGCAGUCAUGAGAGGGGGCGGUCUAAAGAACGGCGCCACCUACUGUCUCCAGAUGUGUCCCGCUGCAACUCUGAAGAGCGCAGCCGGGACCCGUCAGGCGAGAGGGUACGCUCCCUCUCGCCUAAAGAAGGACACAAUCAGUCCUUACAGAGACAGGUGAACACAUCAGGUAGUCCAGCCCAUUCAGCCUCAGAGUCUGGUACCCCUCGUAAUCGCCGCCAGCUCCCGCAGACACCCUCCCGUCCUCGCCCUCACAUUUCGUACUCCCCCCUGGUAUGCCGAGAACACCCCACGGGCGCACCAAAGGCUUCCUCGGCAGUACUCGCUCCUCAUUCAAACUGCCCUGCUCCUUCCUCGUCUCAGGCGUCAGGCCCGAGCCAUCCGUCGCCCCAGCGUUACAUCUCGGAGCCUUACCUCCCGUUUCACGAGGGCCUCGGGGAAGGCCGGGUGGGUGAGGAACGUGAACACCUCACUUUUGAAACCGCCGUGGCCACCAGCUUAGGACGCGCCAACGCCAUCAGCUCAGCCCCUCAGCUAAGACACUCCUGGCAAGGCCCUAACAGACACUUGCGCGACAACUCAGAGCAAGCCCGCGCGCCUGGUGCCGCCGAGCUACUGAGCGACACGGAUGAUGACGACCGAUGCUAA